AGGGGAACUCUCGCUGUCAGACUCCGGUGAAGAUGAAGCUGAGCGGCGAGGCUGAAGCGGUGGACUGGAGCGGAGCCGAGGCCUCUCUGUUCAGGGUCCUCAUCGGGACGUACUACGACAACUACUGCGCCAUCGCCAGGCUCAUCGGGACCAAGAACUGCAGACAGGUCUACGAGUUCCGGGUCAAAGAGUCGGCUAUCAUCGCCCGCGCUCCGGCUGAAGACGAGGACACGCCUCCCAGGAAGAAGAAGAGGAAGCACCGUCUGUGGGCCACCCACUGCCGCAAGAUCCAGCUGAAGAAAG